AUGGCCGACACUCGAGGUCGGUGUCAGAAGUUCGGGCUUGCCUGCCAAAGACCGGUUUUCACUAAACUCCUGCACACUCGGCCACGAGAAGAUGACGACCUCGAUCGCGCAGGGUGGCCGAGGCAGUGGUACUGGGGUGGGUCUACGGAGGAGUGGGGGGGAGCGGGGGAGCCGGCUUGUGCACUUGCCUCUGUUAGGUCGUCUUCAGUGGAUUCUCACACAUGCACAAAUGGCCAGGCUGAGUUUGGCACGCGUGGUGAAAUUAAUUGUGUCCGGCAUGUGUUCGACCAAGGCAACGAGCCCGAAACGCAAAUUACCUCUUUUCCUGCCUUGACGCCUCCUUCAUUGCCCUCUCUCGCGCCCAAGAGCGCAGCUGGUCGGCGUUCAAGGUUUGGUCGUUGCACAUUUCCGGUUCACCGGCAAGACGGUCUUCGGAUCAGCUCGGCUCUCACCUACAACAGCCCAAGUGAUCCCGAUUUUCGGCGCAAACCAAUGUGCUCAACAGGAAACAAUAAAAGGCAUUAUCUGCCAUCUUGA